AAUGACGAAAAGGCAAUAAACAAUAAAUAAAAUAAAUAUACAAUAAUAGGAAACGGUGUUAGGUGGGUUGGCUAUUUAAAUGAUGGCAUGGGUUAGUGCGUACAAGACCACUAGCUUGUGUGUAUAAAAACCUUAGAAAAGACAAGUGGGUUUUGUUGUGCACAUAACCAUGAGUUAUUUAGGUGUUGGUGUAAGCCCAGGGAAGUAUGCUGCCGGGUCUAAAAAUGACUCGAAAGCAAUUGAUCGAAAGGUGAGGCUAGCCGAGUUAAUAUUGCGGACCGCGGUUUGCGGUCUCGCACUUGUGGCCGCGCUUCUUGUGGCCACGGAUACGCAGGUUAAAGAGAUCUUUACGAUCCGGAAAAAAGCCAAGUUUACGGACAUGAAAUCGUUGGUGAUGUUGGUGGUGGUUAAUGGGGUUGCUGCAGCUUAUUCGCUGGUGCAGACGUUUAGGUGUGUGGUGGGUAUGGUUAGAGGAAGUGUGUUGUUUAAUAAGCCUUUGGCUUGGCUUAUUUUCUCUGCUGAUCAGGUUAUGGCAUAUAUGAUCGUAGCGGCGAUAGGAGCGGCAGCACAGUCAGCAGCAUUCGCAAAAUUAGGGGAACCACAAGUCGAAUGGAUGAAAGUAUGCGAUAUGUAUGGGAAAUUCUGCACCCAAGUUGGAGAAGGGAUAGCGAGUUCGGUGUUGGCUUGUGCAAGCAUGAUCAUUGUCUCUGCUAUAUCCGCAUUUAGCCUCUUUCGUUUGUACGCAGGAAACAAAGCUUGGUAGCCCCAAACCCACCCCUUUUCGGACGGUUUGGGACACUAAUUUAGGUUAUGUCACAUAUGUGUGAUAACAAAGUUUGUAAUAGCUUUUGAUUGUGAAAUAAUAUAAAAACAAGUAAACAAGAUGAGGUGGUGAUGUUUUAUUUGGAUUGAGAUGAAAUUAACCAUGGGUGUGAAUAUCACAACAACAAA